AUGAAGGUCUUUGUUUGUGUGUUGGCCCUUUUGGUGGGAUUGAGUUCGGCGGGCUUUCUAGGUGGUAGUUCAGGAGGCGUUGGUGGUGGAUACAGUGGCGGGCACGGUGGUCAUGGCGGCCAUGGUCAUGGCGGACACGGCGGAUAUGGUGGUCCGGGGGGCCACGUUGAAGUGAAAACGGUUCAUAUCAUUCAGGAAGGAGGUGGAAGUCAUGAAGGACACGGUAGCCACGGAGGUCAUGGCAGUCACGGUGGCCACGGUGGCCACGGCGGCCAUGGUUAUCAUGGCGGUUUUAGUGGUCACGGCGGCGGCGGCCAAGGUGGUGGUGAAGUACAAACAAUCAAAGUUAUACACGAGCAGGGAGGCAGUGGAUAUGGUCACGGCGGCGGACAUGGGGGCGCUAUUGGCGGAGGAGCCAUUGGAGGCGGCGAUGUGAAUACGAUUAAGGUUAUACACGAACAAGGUAGCAGCAGCGGUUUCUCUAGUGGUUACGCUAACAAUGGAGGCUACAGCUACGGCAGCGGUGGAAUUGGAGGGCAUGGUGGAAAUAUUGGCCAAAUCGGUGGUGGUUCCAUUGGUGGCGGUGAGGUGAGAACCAUUAAAGUUAUUCACGAGCAAGACAAUGCCAUUGGAGGUUACGGGCAUGGGUCGGGCGGUGUAGACCAUGGCCAUGUAGGAGGUGGCAAUUAUGGCGGCGGUGCCAGUGGUGGCGUUAUUAAAGUUAUUCAUGAGCAGGUCGGUCCAGCUGGAGGAUUCGGAAAUGUUGGCGGCGGUUAUAGUUACAGCGGUGGUGCCGGAGAUGCAAUAGGAGGCGGAGAGGUGGCCACGAUCAAAGUCAUUCACGAACAGGGCGGUUCAGUCGGUAGUACCGGAAUCAGUCACGGCGCUAAUGGUGCAGGCGGUGUAGUGAAAACAAUCAAAGUCAUUCACGAGCAAGGAGGUGUCGCAUCUGGUUAUUCCAAUGGCGGGUUUGGGGCUGGUGGCAGCCAUGGAGGUGGCCAUGGCCACGGUGGCGACACGUUCCAAACGCUGAAUGUUAUCGGAGAGUUGAGCGGAGGCCAUGGGAACGCGGGCGGUGCAGAUAAUACGGGCGGCCACUUUAGUUCUGGUUCAGUGAACCAAUACGUACCUCCGGCACCCGGCGGGGGUGGUCACCUGCCGCAAGUGAACGAGUAUGUGCCCCCAUCUCCAGGCGGCGAUGGCCAUUUGCCUCCAGUGAACGAGUACGGAGCCCCCGCAAAUAGCUACUUGCCACCUGCGGUGCAAUGA